UUGCACUUGCAGGAAUCUUCCGUUGUCUUGCAUUGUCCAGCGCAACGUGUGAAACCUGGACCGUUGAAGAAUCGCGCUCCUUAAAACUCUCGAUUUCUUCGUGCCCCAAAAUAUUCGAACCAAGGAAAGGGACACGAGAGCGCAGGAGCUAAAAUUAUACUCAGUGUGGUGCAUUAAAAGAAAGCCAACAAGUAAAGCCUCCAAAUUUGUCACUCUAACCUUUUUCCUAUCUCUAGGUUCUUUGCUCUCUCGCUCUCUAUGUCUCGCUCUCUUUGCCCGUCGUUUCAGGCUGGCGGCGAGCGAGGGCGGCUGCGAAGAUGUUGUCAGUGCUGCCCAAAGUGGAGAAGCUGUCGGCGCGGGUGAUCCGCGUCCUGGGCUGUAACCCCGGGCCUAUGACGCUCCAGGGGACCAACACCUACUUGGUGGGAACCGGGCCCAGAAGGAUCCUAAUAGAUACCGGAGAGCCAUCCAUCCCUGAAUAUAUAAGCUGUUUGAAACAAACACUCCAUGAAUUCAACAUUUCCAUCCAGGAAAUUUUAGUAACUCAUUGGCAUCAUGAUCACACUGGAGGUAUAUCCGAUAUUUGUGAACAGAUUCCAGCCAGUUAUGAAUAUUGCAUAAGUAAACUUCCACGAAACCCACAUCAAGAAGAAGUAAUAAAAGGAAAGCAGAAGUAUGUGUAUUUAAGAGAUGGCGAUGUUUUAAAUACAGAGGGAGCUACUCUCAGAGUAUUAUAUACCCCAGGCCAUACAGAUGACCAUAUGGCUUUACAUCUGCUAGAAGAAAAUGCAAUAUUUUCUGGCGAUUGUAUUUUAGGAGAAGGAACAACUGUGUUUGAAGACCUUUAUGACUACAUGAAGUCAUUGGAAAAACUGCUGGGAAUGAAAGCUGAUUUAAUAUACCCAGGGCAUGGGCCAGUAGUAAAAGAAGCAAGAGCUAAAAUUCAAGAAUAUAUUUUACAUAGAAAUGCACGGGAGCAGCAUAUCCUACACAUCCUGGAUGAGAAUGCUGGGAAAUCUCUCACAGCAGAGGAACUUGUGAAAAUCGUUUACAAGGAUACACCUGUCCAUUUGCAUAAAGCUGCAGAAAUUAAUCUCAAACAUCAUUUGGAGAAGCUAAAAAAAGAAGGGAAAGUUGUAUAUGAAAAUUCUCCUAACUUCAAGUGGAAAAGUGUUUUAUAAAUAUGGCAUAUUUUCUGAACUAAAAGCGCUAACAUUUUUAUGUCAAAAUUGCAUAUAAAUCACAUACAGAAAUGGAUCUGUAUUUUGUUAUUAAUCUGAUUAAUAACUUGUCAGAGAGUGAUUGGAAGAAUGAUUCAGGGUGGAACAAAUGGAUUAUUUCUUUCAAAGCAAAAUAUUCAAAAUUUCCUUUGGAUACUUGAAUACUUUUGUAAAGAAGUUUGGUUCAAGGAAUGUUAUUAUUAAUUAAAUUUCUAUGCUGCCUGAUUCUCAGCAAUAUGAAGAUUUAAGCUUAUUUCUUUAUUUAAACAUUGUAAUUUCAUUACCAUUAUGUUAUUUGUAUAAUAAAUAUAAUAAGUUUGUUCAUA